AUGUUUAUAAUAUUAAUAAUAAUUCAUAUUUUUAAAAUUAAAAUAUGUUUUUCAGCACCUUAUCUUGAUGUUCCAACUAAUAAUUAUAAUAUUCAAUCAAUAUUAUACAUAUUAUCAACAUAUAAAUCAAAUAAAUAUCCAAUUUUAACAAAUAUAUAUUCGAAAGAAAAUACACAUUAUGAAAAUUUACUCAAUUUUAUUCAUCAUUAUCCACGUUUAGGUCAAAAUGAACAACAACAAAUACAUCUAACAGAAAUAAAAUAUUGGCUUACAUUGUUAUCCGUAUCACAGAGUAUAAAAACAAAAUUCAUAACAAAUUGUUUAAAUAAAUUAUUUUUUAAUGAUUAUUUAACUUAUCCUUUAAAUUCAAAAAUAACCGAAUCAGAAAAAUAUGGUUUAGCUACUGAUAUAUUUACAAUUAAUUCAAUAUUAAAACCAGAACAUUUACCAUAUGAAUCUGGUGUACGUUAUGUCGAUUUAGUUGAAAAUCGUUUUAAACAAGAAAAUGAUAAACGACCACCAUAUUGGAUACGUAGACAAAAAGAUGGUAUUUUAAUGAGUGAAUGUUUAAAAACAAUUAUUGAUCGAACAACAAUUGAUCAAGAACAAAAACUGGAUAGUGAACAAAUGACUAGUGUAAAUCGAAUAAUACCGCAAACAUCAUCAGAUACUCAAACAAAUGUUGGAAAAGAGUUUACAGAAACUGAUCGAGGACCAAUAUUUUGGUUUAUCAAUGCAGAAGAUGAUAGAUACGGCUAUGAUUAA